UUUUGGAUAUGCUAAUCAAAGAAUUCAACAGCAGUUGUCAUGUCCGAGAUGACGAUGGUUAUACUCUCCUUCAUCAUGCAUGCGAUGGUGGUCAUAUAGAACUGAUAGACAAAUUAGUGCUUGAAUAUGGCCUCAAUCCCGCAGAUAAAGAUAAUGAUGGUAACACACCUCUACAUAUUGCAGCCUCCUUUAAAGGACGUGUUGAAACAGUGAGACACCUGAUUAGCAAGCACAGUGCUGAUGUUGAUUGCACUAAUAAUCAGAACAGUACUCCAUUGAUGCGAGCUGCGCUGAAUGGUUGUGUGCAUGUUUUGGCUAUGCUAAUCAAAGAAUUCAACAGCAGUUGUCAUGUCCGAGGUUACAAUGGUUAUACUCUCCUUCACUAUGCAUGCAAUGGUGGUCAUAUAGAACUGAUAGACAAAUUAGUGCUUGAAUAUGGCCUCAAUCCCGCAGAUAAAGAUAAUGAUGGUAACACACCUCUACAUGUUGCAGCCAUUAAAGGACAUGUUGAAACAGUAAGACUUUUGAUUACUCAACACAAAAUUGAUAUUAAUAUCACUAAUAAUGUUUACUCUACCCCAUUGUGUUUAGCAGCUGAAGGUGGUCAUGAGAUUGUGAUUUAUGCCUUUAUUAAAGAGUUUAAAUGCAGCCCACAUAACAGAGGCUACAAUGGUCAAACUCUGCUUCACUAUGCUUUCCAAAAUGGUCACGUAGAACUAUUGAAUAAACUGGUAGCUCAAUAUAAGGUGGAUCCAACAAUUAGAGACAAUGAUGGGAACACACCUCUACAUCUUUUGUGUCCUACACCGCAUACUGAAGAAAUGCUAAGAACAAUCCUUUGCAAGUACCAGUACUGGACAGUGUUUCAAGUUAAUAAUAAAGGUAACACCCCUCUUCACACAGCAACUCUAUAUGGGCAAACUCAUUGUGCACGUUUACUAUUGCAGAAGUAUGAUGCUCCACUUUUUGUGCGAAAUACAGAUGGGAAGACAGCCCUUGAUUUAGCUAAACUUCAGAGAAAACAAGAAAUUGUUACAAUUUAUGAAAAUCAUACUUCCAAACUCCAAUUAACCUAUGAGCAACUAGACGAACUUGCUAAACAAGAGUUUACUGGUGAAAAGAACCUCACCAGAAUAUUUGUUGUAGGGCAUCCAGGUGCAGGGAAAUCCACGCUUGUUGAGACUAUCAAAAAGGAAGGUUUCUUUAGCUACUUCAGCACAUCAACUGUUGCCCCUCACACUCCAGGCAUUAUUCCAAGUACUUAUGACAGUAGUUAUUAUGGAAGAAUGAUACUCUAUGAUUUUGCUGGUGAUUCCGAGUACUACUCCUCACAUGCUGCAAUUAUGGAGUCAAUCAACACAUCAAAAGGAAGUAAUAUAUAUUUGAUAGUUUGUGAUUUGAGUAAAGGCGAAGAAGCUGCUGCCACUAAAUACAGCUACUGGCUUUCAUUUCUAUCAUACAAUAUUAAGCAAUUCUCAAACAUGAUUAUCCUACCAGUGGGAAGCCAUGCUGAUGUAAUCAACAAAACGUCAGUUGAACAAGUGUUAUGUGUUCUUGACAGCGUAUCCCAAAAGUUCUGUAGCAGCUCUAAGAUUGAUGACUUUCAAAUUGAACAAAGUGUUUCUCUUGAUUCUCGUAAACGAGGGACUGUAGUAAAUGACAUAAAGGAACUCACUAAGAAAUUCUCCAAUUUGGUAUCCCUUUCCCCAGAGACAAGCACACUCUUGGGAUUGUUGAAGAAAGACUUUGAACAUGUUCCAGCUUGCAAAGUAAGCCUCCUUAUCUCUCACAUAGAAGAUACUGGAAUUCCACUGCCACUAAAUUCUUCAUCACUAUACACUCUCAUAAGAGAGUUGCAUGAUUUGGGUCUGCUAAUGGUGAUAGAGAGAGAAGGGGACUCCAUUGAGAACCAUAUAAUAAUUCUCAAGAUAUCAACAUUCACAUCAAAUGUACACAAAAAACUAUUUUCAAAGUCUGCUAAAGCUGACCUCACAGAGCACAUUGAUCAACUCAAGCUCAGCGUAGGCAUUAUUCCAGAAUCACUACUUGAGAGAGUACUGCCAGAGUACAUCACAAAAGAAAGUCUACUGCAGUUGCAGUACUGUCACGAAAUUGAGAAUUUGUAUGUGGAAGAGGACCACAGUCUUUCUCAACUCACUUCAGAACCUGUACCAACAGAUAGUGCCAGUAAAGAGAAAUCUAAUUUAUUUUUCCCUGCUCUGUGUGAUCUCAAGCUUGAAGACAUUCAAUGGCCUAAAUCCGAAGGUGAUAAGAUUACUUUGGGAUGGUAUGCUAAAUGUGAUGGUGACAGAUUCGACUUCUUUCCAACACGAUUUCUUCAUGUGCUUAUCGUUCACCUCUCUCACAACUUUGCACUAAAACAAAUCCUGCCCACAAGACACAGACUCUCCACUACAGCUUCCAAUUCUUUGAUUGCUGAGGUACAUGCUGCCAAUCCUAGCUGUCAUGUCUGGUCGACUGGUCUGCAUUGGCUUAUGAAGAAUGGAGUGGAAGUGUUUGUCGAUAUGCCUAAAGAAGCUGAUAGUAAAGAACUGGUUGUACUAGCAAGGAGUGACGUCCGAAAUCAAGCCAAGUGUUCUGAAACUCUGCAUCAAGUUAUUCAAAAGGUAGUGGAAGCAAAAAUGGAGUUCUGUGCUAGUAUAGUGCCUACUGUUUACCUUCUUGAUCCGAGCAAUCUCAAAGAUGAACCUUUUACGAAUGCUUUGAGUUCAUCUAAAUACGCUCUUAGUGAUAUCGAAGAAGCACUAGCAGAAGGCACUGAGGAAGUUGCCGAUAAAGACAGGCAAUGCUUCUCCACUCCGAUCAAAGAAUGGAUCAGCCCAACAAGAUGGGCCAUAUCUUACUGGAAUUUGUUUUUUCCAAUGAAUACCUUCUUGGUUCAUUCUGCUUUGCAAGAAGUAAAUAGUGCUCAAUGGAAACUGCUAGGAAUGAGUCUUCCGAUCCCCUGGAACAAAUUAGAUGACAUUGAGAAUAAUGACUCAUCAUACCCUGGUGACUUUGCUAAGAAAGAAGAAGUAAUUCGACUAUGGAUGUCUCAAGAACCCACCUGGAUAGUGUUGGUAGAUGCUCUCAGUCAAUCUGCAUAUGAAUGGUCACAGAAUUCGAGUCAAAUCUCACAAAAGCAUAAUGUGCCUCUACAAAAGAAAAUUCUCGAAAAAGAUUCAUCUCUCCGUCCUAACGAGGACUUUCUCCAAUCAUUUGCUGCCAUCAUUGGCUCUCGUUGGCAGUGUCUUGCUUUUCCCCUAUCCCUCACUUCUGAAGACAUUGUGAGCAUCAAGAGAGAGACAAGAGGAGCAGAGCCGACCAGACGAGCACUCGUCAUGCUACAGAAGUGGGCAGCCAAGGAGACGGCAACUUAUGCUAGAGCUUCAACUAGUGUUGUAAAAACUUCUGUAACAGCUCCAAGAUUGAUGAUUUAUAAAGCGUUGCUUUUGAUGUCAUAAAUGAGAAGCUGUGAGUGACUUAUCGUCCUCUGUCGGAUUUUCCCCGGAGACAAGCUCUCUUCUGGGAUUGUAAAAUAACAUUCCAGCUUGCAAAUAAAGCCUCCUUAUCUCUCACAUAGAAGAUACUGAAAUUCCGCUCACACCCUAAGAGAAUUACUCGUAUCAGAUGUCCCAUAAUGAUAAUGUUCAUUGUCAAGUCUGCUAAAGCAGACAUCACCAAUUACAUCGAUCAACUCAAGCUCAGCGUUGUCAUAAUUAAAGAGUCGCUACUGCAUGGAAAAAAUACUACCAGAAUAUACCACAAGCUGCAGUACUGCCAGGGAAUUUGUACAUGGAAGAGUACAACAGUCUUUCUCAACUCACUUCAGAACCAGUACCAACUGAGAGUGCCACUAAAGAGAAAUCUCAUCUGCUUUUUUAAUUUCUGGGUCAAGGGUGACAAGAUUACCCAGGAUUUUAUGCUGAAUGUGAUGUUGGCAGAUUUGACUAUUUCCUAACGAUUUCUUCAUCUCAUUUCUCUUACAGCUUUUCAUGAAAACUAAACUUGCCAACAAGCCGCAGGCUCUCUAUAAUAUCUUCUGAAUUUUGAUUUUCUGAUUCUUCUACUGCUAAUUGUUCUUUAAUUGCAGAGGUUCAAUUAUGCUGCUAAUCCUCGCUGUCAUGUCUGGUCUACAUGUACUAUACUUGGUAUGCAGGCUUAUGAAGAAUAGAGUUGGGUGUAUUUGUUGAUAUGUCUAAAGACGCUGAUAGGAAAGAACCUAAUAGCGAGAAGUUUACUAACAAAAUAUAUACACUCUGUAUAAUUAUAUUGUCUUCUGUUUAUCUUCUUUAUCCGAGCAAUCUCAAGGAUGAAACUUUUACAAAUGCUAGAAGUGCACCUAAUUAUGCUCUAAGAGAUAUUGAUGAAGCAUUAGCAGAAGGAACUAAGCAAGUCAUGGAAAGAAGGAUAUGCUUCUCUAUUCCGAUGAAAGAUUGGGUCAUCCCAAAAGAUGGACUGGAUCUACAUAAUUAUUACUGGAGAAUGAAACGAAGCAUCCUUCCCUGGUGAUAAUUAUUGCCAAGAAAUAAUUCGUCCGUGGAUGUCUCAAGAACCCACCUGAAAAACAUUGGUAGACGCUCUCGUAGUCAACCUACAAUUGGAUUGUCCAACAAAACAAUUAAGUCAAAUCUCACAAGAGCACAACGUGCUUCUACACAAGAAAAGCAUUAUCGAAAACAAUCAUCUGUCCGUUCUGACGAUAAAACUUUCUCCAAUCAUUUGCUGCCAUCAUUGGCUCUCGUUGGCAGUGUCUUGCCUUUCCCCUCUCCCUCACUUCUGAAGACAUUGUGAGCAUCAACAGAGAGACAAGAGGAUCAGAGCCAACCAGAUGACAAGCACUCGUCAUGCUACAUGGUCAUACACUUUCCGUGUUUCAUAUCUGUACCACAUUAUGUUAGAUUUAGCUGCAUGCAUUCAAUUGCACUUACAUACUGUAGAUAUAGCUGUUCAAUCCAACACAUGUUUGUGUCGCUGAACUUUCAGAACUCAUGCCUUGCCACGUAAGCAAAAAUUACUUACUGCUACACUUCCAAUUGUCAUUUUUUUACUGAUAUAAUUAAUAUAAUUAUAUACAACAUCUUACGUCCUUCAAAAUUAGCACAUUUUUGUUACUACUGUACAGUUAUUCUAAUGUUGUCAACUCUGACCAGAAUUAAAUUAAUUUUUGCACUCAGUUCUAUAUAGCUAAUGGCCGGUUGUGCAUGCAAUGUCAUGACUUAAUUAGGUACUGUGUUAUUCA